AUGGAUCCCGCCACCUCGGCCCCCGAUGAAGUGGAUGCCAAUUACAUACAUGUCACAGACCUAACCUUCACGUUUCCAAAUCACAUUACUGGACUACAGAACGUGUCGCUUGCGCUGCCUCCUCAAUCACGCACUCUACUCGUCGGCGCCAACGGAGCGGGCAAAACUACACUACUUCGUCUCUUGUCUGGCAAACGUUUAGCGCCUUCAAAUACUAUUUCCAUAAAUGGCCUCGAUCCAUUUAAGGAGAGUCUAGAUGGCGUAGCCUAUCUUGGCCUGGAGUGGCUAUCAAGCCCCUUUGUUGCGACGGAUAUUGGUGUGCAAGAAUUACUGCGCUCUGUCGGUGGCGACCACUUCCCCGAGAGAAGGGAUCAAUUGAUCAGUCUCCUAGAUAUCGACUUGGACUGGCGUAUGCACGCCGUUUCAGAUGGUGAGAGGAGAAGGGUACAGUUAGCCAUGGGGCUGGUUCGUCCGUGGAAGAUUCUCCUAUUAGACGAAAUCACGGUGGAUCUGGAUCUUCUUAGCAGGAGUAACUUCCUUAAUUACCUGAAGCAAGAAACCCAGAGUAGGGAGUGUACUAUUGUAUACGCGACUCACGUUCUCGACAACAUGGCUGAUUGGCCAACCCACUUAGUACACAUCAGUUUAGGUAAGAUUAAAGAAUGGGGACCUAUCGACUCUUUUGAUAUCAAAGGUGUCAGAGAAACUGGCAACAGUAAGCUUGGUGAAGUGGUGUUGGCGUGGCUCAGGGAAGACUUAAAAGAGCGGGGUCCGCGGAAAAAUGGAAUUAGCAGUGAAUGGACUUCAUACAAGAAUCCUGGAAUAGGGGGUUACGGCGCUGAAAAGUUUGAUCCGAACUUUUAA